AUGGGGUUUUUCGAUGCUUAUUUCUCUAAACCAGACCAUUCUGUCAAUAUAAUGGCAAAUUCUAAUGAUAAUUUAAAUGAUGCUAAGAAUAAGAAGAGGAAAACAGCAAAAUUCAUAUCAAAUCAAAUCAAAUUAUAUUUUCUACAGAUUUAUAACAAAAUGGUAUUGAGUUUCAAAGAUCCCAUGGUAGUGCUAGGUUUAAUCAAAUAUUUCAUGGCUUUCUUUAUUGCAUUUAUCUUAUGUAUCAUUCAUCCAGCUGGAAGAUGGAUCGGUCAUGAUUUUAGAAUUUUCUUACCAUUGGCCACAAUCUUACAUCAUCCAGCAAGAAGUGUAGGGUUCCAGUUAGAAAUCACAAUUCAAUCUCUAUUAGGUGGUGUAUUAGCAUGUGGCUGGUCCUCCUUUGCUUGGUACAUCUCUAUAUGUACAAACCCUGUUGCACAUCAUCAAGGUGGUAUUCUAUUUGCCAGUCUUUUCAUUGCACUUUUCAUUGUUACUUGGUUAAGAGCUUAUUUCCAAAGAUUUAUGUAUUUCACUUUAACUGCAGCUAUUGGGUUCAUCUAUUUACAUACUGUUUCAUUGACAUUUACUAAAGGUGCUACAUCUUUGCAUUGGAUGUUUUUUUGGGAUUUUGGUAUAUCAUACAUUUUUGGUCUAUUAGUAUCUUUAUUGAUUUGUAUUGCAGUUUUUCCCAAUUUUGGUAAUAAUGAAAUCAUUGAUAAUUUCAUCUCUACAAAUAGAGAUCUUAGAGAUUUAUUUUUAAAUUCGAUCGAUAAACAUAACACUACAGAUUUCACUUUAAAUAUUAAUCCAUUGAUCGAAAUGUUUAAUAUUAAUUUAUCGAAUUCUUAUAGAGAUUUAACCACUCAAUUUACCGUUACAAAAUUUAAUUUGAAAAUUUUAACCAAUUUGAGAAAUUCCAUGACAAAAUUAAUUGCUCUAAUUAGAAUCUUACCCAUUAAAAAUUAUCUUCUUGAUCAAGCUGAAUUGAUAUCUUUAUAUGAAAAUCUUUUUGAGACUAAAUCUAAAAAUAAUUCUGCUAGUAGUACUAACAUGAAUACAAGUGAAGAAACAAGCUCUUUAGAAUUAAAGGAUAUUAAUGAUACUUCAGAUUUAGAACAAUUCAAUUCUCACCUAUUAAAUAUCUUAAAGGAUACUUUUUCCAUAAAUGUCUUUAAAAUGAUAAUAGAAUUGAUCAGAUCUACAGAAAUUAUAGAAGACACUUUAUUGUUUUUCAAAUUUAAUUAUUUCCCAACAAAGAAUAAUUCAAAAAAAAAUUUAUCCAAAUUAGAAUUAAAUAAAAAAAUUAAACGUUCCAAAUAUCUUUUACAAAAAAAAUUAAUUGCUCUUGAUACUUCAUAUAAGAAAUUUUCAAUUCUAAUUUAUAACUUACAAAGUAAAAAACGUCAUACAGAUCCAAAUUUUUCAAGAAAAAAUAUUUCAAAUAAUUUUGAUGAUAAAAUUAUAACUUCAUUAUUAUUUAUUAAAACAAUAAGAAGUAUUUGUAAAGCAAUGAUUCUAAUAUUGGAUGAUUCAAUAGAAUUAAUUGAUAUAUCAAAUCAUAAUUUGAAUUCUAAAUUUAAUUUCCAUUUUAAUAUUCCACAAUAUCCAUUAGAUCGUGCCAUUCAUAGACUGCCUUUACAAUCGUUAAUUGAUUCAGGCCAAGGUAAUACUAAUAAUUAUAUUGAAACUAAAAAUUCUAUUGAUGAUAUUUUCGAAAAAUUAUACAAUAUUUAUACUUCAAGGCAUACUUAUUCAAAUUUAAAUUCAAAUAAUAAGGAUUCUCAAAAUAUAAAUUCUGAAGAGGAUAAUAAUUUAAUCUUUAUUAGAGCAAUGGAUCAUAAUGAUUUUAAUUUACAUACCACUAAAAAUCCAAUUAGAUAUAAACUUUGGAAAUUAACUAAAUUAUUUAGUGGUAAUGAUUUUAAAUGGUCUGUUAAAAUUAUUACUAUCGUUACUUUUAUUUCAUUACCUUCAUGGUUGAAGAUGUCUUAUCAUUGGUAUCAAACUUAUCAAUGUUGGUGGGGGGUAAUAUUAUUUUAUAUUUUAUGUUAUAAAAAUUAUUAUACCACCAAGAUGUUUAUCUUCAAAAGAUUAGCCUUUGGAAUAAUUGGUAUGUUUUGGGGUUGGUGCUCACUACAAGCAAGACAUUUUGGUAAUCCAUAUGUAAUGAUGGUCAUGAGUUCAAUCUUUGUGGUUCCAAUGUCAAUUAAUCACUUGAUUUUUUAUAAUUCAAAUUCAUCAUAUACUUCAUUGAUUUGCUACUUGAUAGUGGCCUUACAACCUUACUCGAAAUUACAUCAUCCUUCACAACAUGAAGUUUUAACUACAGCCAGUAUAUGGAAAUAUACAUGGGUUAUAAGUAUUUGUUUAAUUAUUGGUAUCACUUUAUCAUUAGUAGUUAAUAUGGUCAUGUGGUCUUUCAGUGCCAGUGAAGAAUUAAGAUUAUCAACAUCAUCAUUUAUUUCUCAUUUAAGCCAAUUAUAUCAAUCAGUUGCAUCAAGAUAUCUUUAUCGUGACUCAGGAGAUGAUCCAACAGAAUUAACAAUAUCUUUAUCACAUAUUUGGGAAGUUAGAUUAACACAAAGUUUAUUCGAAUUAAGAAAAUUAUUCCAAAAUGCUAAAGAUGAAUUAAGAUUCAUACCAGAUUUUAAUUAUAUUGCAUAUGAUGAAUUAUUAUCUAUUUGUGAAGUUCUUUUGCAAGAGAUUAUCGAAGCAAGAAUUGCAGGUACUUAUUUUGAAAUAUGGGAAAAUGAUAAUAAUCUAAUUACAAUAAGGGCAUUAUUAUCUUUAAGAAGAGAUAGUGUUUCAAGCAUCAUUACUAAUUUUUACAUCAUUUCUAAUUGUUUUAGAUCUACCAAUAAAUUACCAAGAUAUAUGCCUAAUUCAAUCUUGGCAAGAAAACGUUUAUAUGAUUUCAUUGAUAAAUUUGAAAAAGAAAAUGAUAAUAACCCUGAAUCGACUGAAAAAUACUAUUCCACUAAAUCUUCCUCAUCUAAAAAUGCACCAACAUUUAAUACGGGAAUGUUUAACAAUAAUGAAAAAGAUGAUAACGAAUCAACUCCAUCAGAAUCGAAUGUAGAAACAACUCAAUGUGGAUCUGAUAACCAGUUUUCAAGCAGUAUUGAUAAUAAUUUAACCACUCAAAAGACAGAUAAUAAUAUAAUAUCCAAUUCAACAUCGGGUUUGAAUAAAAUCGAUUCUACAUCAAGUAUUCAAGAUUACGAGUUAGAAAAUUGGACUGAAAUUCAUAAAUUAGAAUUUUCAAAAACUUUUACAAAUAUUUCUAAAUCAGUUUAUCUUUUAAUUAAAGCUUCUAAAGAUAUUCUCGGUGAAGAAUCCUAUUAG